UCAUAUGAGUAGCUGGGGUAAGCCCGCCUCCAGGCCCAGAGGGCUCGGAAGACCCGCCUCUUCUCCAGGGGUAAGCGAGGAUGGCAGGGAUUGGAGACUCAGAGGGUGACGUAACUUUCCGCUUUAGGUGGCCUUCCGCUCUGGAGGUUGUCAGGUGGGAGCUCGGGGGACGUUUAGCAGGAGUCCUCGUUCCCUUGGCUCUUGGAAGUGUGAUGAGGUCGGUUAGCUAUGUGCAACGCGUGGCCCUGGAAUUUAGCGGGAGCCUCUUUCCGCACGCAAUCUGCCUUGGAGACGUCGAUAAUGAUACAUUAAAUGAACUGGUGGUGGGAGACACCAGUGGGAAGCUCUCUGUGUAUAAGAAUGAUGACAGCCGGCCAUGGAUCACCUGUUCCUGCCAGGGAAUGCUGACUUGUGUUGGGGUCGGAGAUGUAUGUAAUAAAGGAAAGAAUCUGGUGGUGGCGGUGAGUGCUGAAGGCUGGUUUCACUUGUUUGACCUGACACCUGCCAAAGCCCUGGAUGCUUCUGGGCACCACGAGACACUAAUGGGAGAGGAGCAGCGGCCAGUUUUCAAACAGCACAUCCCUGCCAACACCAAGGUCAUGCUGAUCAGCGACAUCGAUGGAGAUGGGUGUUGCGAGCUGGUGGUAGGUUACACAGACCGUGUAGUGCGAGCUUUCCGUUGGGAAGAUCUAGGUGAGGGCACUGAUCAUCUGAUGGGGCAACUGGUAUCCCUCAAGAAAUGGAUGCUGGAGGGUCAGGUGGACAGUCUGUCAGUGACUCCAGGGCCUCUGGGUGUUCCUGAACUGAUGGUAUCUCAACCAGGCUGUGCUUAUGCAAUUCUGCUGUGCACCUGGAACAAGAGCACUGGGUCCCCUCCUGCCUCUGAGGGGGCUGCAGAGGGCAGCAGGGAGCCCCCUGCUGCCCGAGAUGUAGUACUGCACCAGACGUCUGGCCGUAUCCACAAUAAGAAUGUCUCCACUCACCUGAUUGGCAGCAUCAAACAAGGACAUAGCCCUGAGAGUGGUGGCUCUGGCCUCUUUGCACUUUGCACCCUAGAUGGGACACUGAAGCUUAUGGAGGAAGCAGACAAACUGUUGUGGUCGGUGCAGGUGGAUCACCAGCUUUUUGCCCUUGAGAAGUUAGAUGUCACGGGCAACGGACAUGAGGAGGUAGUUGCAUGUGCCUGGGAUGGACAGACUUACAUUAUUGAUCACAACCGCACUGUGGUCCGCUUCCAAGUGGAUGAAAAUAUCCGAGCCUUCUGUGCAGGCCUGUAUGCCUGCAAAGAGGGCCACAACAGCCCCUGCCUCGUGUACGUCACAUUCAACCAGAAGAUCUAUGUGUACUGGGAGGUGCAGCUGGAGCGGAUGGAGUCCACCAAUCUGCUGAAACUGCUGGAGACUGAGCCAGAAUUCCGAGGCCUGCUGCAGGAACUGGGCAUAGAUCCUGAUGACCUCCCUGCCAUCUGUGCCCUGCUUCGCCAAAUCCUCUACCAUCCUGAUCAGCCACUGCAGUGUGCUCACUCUGCCCCACAGGAUCCCACCUAGCUGAGCUAGCCUGAAUCUUAGCUGAUGAAGGAUCCUUCUGAGCUCCUUCUCCCUCGAGGUAUCCAUGGUACUGAUGGUACUGGCAGGAUAGGGAAUAAACAUUACAGAGGCGCAGGAUUUGACUCUGGGCAUGGAAGGAUGGCAGCAACCCGAGGGCGACUGGGACUAUAGACCUGGUGAAAGGAGAUGAGUUCACCUUCUGCCCAGUUCCUUAUGCAUCGCAACCAUCAUACAGCAGGGUCAUAGGAACCCUGGCCUUGUUCCAAAUUGGGGCCACUCCCCACCCUCAGAUCCCUACCUUCAUUGUGUAAAGACAGAGACUUAUUUGUGAG